UAGGAUUUGAAUUGAUUAUUUAGUACGUAGUAAUUCCCGACAGGGAUAGCUAGCACAUUCGUGAUAUCUUGGCUGUAGAGGUAUGGAUUAAAUUGAUUGGAAUAUGUGAAUUAAUCUGGAUAGGAUAGGUAGUGAAUCCCGGUGUUUCUCCCAGAGCUUUCUCCAUUGAAUUUCUCCCGAACAAUUUACUUUGCUUAAUUAGUUAAUUUUGCUUUUAGAUAAUUAGUCUCAUUAAAUAGUUUCACAUAUAGUUUGCUCAAUAAAAUUGAUAGAACUUAAGGUUGUACCAGUCCCUGAGAGACGAUACCCGGACUUUCCGGUUUACUACAAGAUAGGAAUUGAAGCUAUACGCUUUUGCCCUAUCAGCUUUGCUCUGAACUACAAGUGUGUGUUUUCAGUAUUUUAUUUAUGAAAAUGUUUCCCGCUGCAAUUUAAGAUUUGAGUAUUUUAUUUAUCAAGGGCAUUUUAGUAAAAGUAGUACCCGGCCGGGUUAGGGUGUUUCAACAAAAAACGGGGCAACAUAGGUCCUCGCCGGGGUAAGAUGUGAGCAUGCACACUCAUCAACACUCAGCCUUGUCUUCUCUCCACCAUGGCGCAAACCUCUAAAUGCUAGAUUUCACGGGACGAUUGUCAUCACUAGCUUGUCCGAAGAUCUUAGACACGGUUUCAAAUAACUGGCAAUUGUCUUUGACAUGGGGAAAAGGCUUUUUGGGUGGUGGCAAACAUGGCAUGAGGUCCUACAUCUUCAACCUAAAACCCAAGGUUCUAUGGUCUUGACUAAGAACCUUUCGUACAAACAAAGGCCACUAGCAUCGGUCAAAAACCACACUUUCCUUCUUCCAAACCACUACCAAUCACAAACCACAUUCAAGCACACUUCUUCGGCCUAUCUUGCUAUUCACAUUUCAAACCUAGUAGUGAAGGAGGUCAUCAAACAAUUUAGGUGUUUCAAUGGAUUGGGUGCCAUGGAACCCUUUCGAGAGCAUACACUUAGACUUUUGUGGCCACUCUCUACUUUUAUCUACCCCCAUUUUAUUUCCUCUUUUUUUGUUUCUUUUUCCUUUUUUUCCUUUCCUCUUUUUUUCCCCGAGGGGGGUACUAGAGAGAUAAGCACAUGCCACUUCUUUCAUUUAACGAACAAUGCUCUCCUAUUAAGAACUUUCCUCCAACACUACCUGUUGUUGCACGCGAGCGCGAGACUGCUACUGAUUUUUCUUCAAUAGUCCUUUCUCCUGGAACCCAAACCUGCUCAUGAAAUCGCAAGAGAAAGAAGACAGAGUGAAUUGAACUUACAGACUCGUUUUGUUCUGAAAGGAAAUAAGCAAAUAUGGAAUUGUGACAGUUGGUCUUCAGGCCCAACUCCCCGUCAAAUAAAAUCGAUGAACCAAAAGCCCUGUUUUUUUUUUUCAACACAACGACGCUUUGAAUAGGGUUCUAUGAAUCGCCAAGCUUCAGUCAAGCUUCUCUAUUUUUUUCGUGACCUGCAAAACAGAGCACUCCUUCAAAACAGAGUAUGAUUACAGAACAGAUAGAGUCAGCAGUUGAAAUAACAAGACACCAAAAUUUUACGUGGUUUCUGAUACUAAGAAAACAAUAUCGAAUAGUACAUGACCAAAGGUACUCGGUUUGAGUCCUUUGACGUUAUACUAUGACUGUGUGUUUUGGAUUACAAAAUACAAGACCAAUCUCGCAGUGAAUCCCAGUCACUUGGUCAGAAUCACCCUAGGAAUCUUGGCUCCCUGCCAAUAUUCCAACCUGAUAAUCGAAUUCCUCUACGAGCUCUCUCCCUUUUCUUUUCAAACACAGGUAAUCACUCUAUUUUUGUUUUGGACAAUCCGUGAAAAGCUUAGCUAUUCUACCCAGCCCUCUUUUGCUUUUAUACACUUAUCACAGCGACCGUUGAGUCUUAUAUAUCUCAAUCACCGUGAUUUUGAUUUGAUCUUGAUUGGUAAAGGAAUUUCUUCAAUUAUUCUGCUGAGAAGGCGAUUUCCCUUUUUGAAUACUUUCGCAAAGCUUCCUUAGUUGGAGACUUUCGUCAAGCUUUCUCUCAACACUACCUUCUCAUUUCUAGCAAGAACCGUGCAAAACCACCUAUGUAGAACCUCAAUGGAGCUCAAAAGCGAUAACUCCGAUACACAAGGAUGACUCACACUUUGACACGAAUAAAGGAUGGGUGGGGGGUCGUUCUUUCAAUUACCAUUAAGCUCAACAAGAACGGAGCUCCUAAAAUUAGAGCGACCCCCAAAGUUACACAGCUCAAAGGGUUUGACUAGGGGAUAAAAUGUUUCGGGACAAUCAACUUUUGGGCGUGGACUAAACUAAUCCUAUGCCUCCAUCAAACUCACUAGUGACAACGGUGAAUGUUACACACCAUGGCGAGAAGGAUAUAUCACACAUGAAAAAGACGAUCGACACAAAACUCACAUGGUUACCUAGCCUCCCAAUCAUCUAUUCCAAUUUCAAAAACUUCAAUGCAUGGCAAUUGUAAUCAAGAAGUAACCAAGUUAACACAUGAGAACUAAGCUUUUGCACAACCCUAAUGCAUUCUCAUUUGUAGACACCCCAUUUUGCCCGCGCUGAAACACUAUUUGGUAAUCAACAUUUCGGUUAUCCAAGGUCGGCGAUUUCCUGUUAUAAACAAAUGUUAGAAAUUAUUUCAGAAUGUUUCGUGAGAAGGCAUGUAGUGGAUCAUUAAGAUUAGCAAUAGCAAAUAUUAUGGUAAAAAUGUGACUCAAGUUUGAAUUGAUUGAGAUCAUGCCUAAAUAGUCCAAUAAUAAUUUGAUUUUGUUAGGAGGCAUUACAACGUCGCUUAAUGGUUUGUUUGCGGUAGGAAUGCGAUCUUGGCGUCUUGCUUGAUUUGGUUUAAGCAUUGGGUUCGAUUGUCUGAUUUUGGGAGGAUUGGACCUCAUGAUUUAAAGAAAUAGGAAGAAAAGAAAGUAACAUACCUAGGAAAAUUAUUAUGUUAACUAACGAAAUCAUAAUACGAUAGUACAUAAUUACAAACAUCAUAAGGAUUACAUCAUAACUAAUUACAAUAAUAGAAAGAUAAGAGAAAUCAACGAGGCCAAUGUUUUGAAAACUUUUCUUUCGUUUUAAACUUUAAAGAUAAGUAAAAAAACCAACUUCCAUCUUCCUUUUUCCCUUUUCCGUUUCUGUUUUCGUAAAAGAUUCCAAAGAAAGUGGAGCAACAGAAAGUGACCCGAUCAAGGAAAGCCCAGGACCAGGAGAGGCCAAAAGAAGGAAGCAGGCAGCCAACAAAGAAGGCCACCACCAUCCCCAAGUCCCAAUCAUAGACCAAGGUUUGUCACUUUCCCAUUAAAAUAACCAUCAUCAUCACCCAUACCAUUCAUAUUUAAAAAGAGGAAAAACUUACUUCUUUGGGGAACUUUUAAAUUCAAUAUGCUUCUUUAAUCAUCAACAAAACAGCAAAAAGGAUCUAUAGUUCUGUCUCCCUUGCUAUUGUUAUUAAAUCUUCAAAAGAUUAAAACAAACAUCAAAUUCUUAAAAAUAACAAAAAUUUUAUUAUUCGAACUACGUGGACUUUGAUCCCGAUUAACUCGGGUACGUAGGCAACCGAUAGGUUCGAGUCCAACUAACCUAAAAUCCCUUUUUACGUCAAUAGAUGUAAAAUUGUUUAAUAGCUACAUCAUUUCGAAACUUAUGCUAAGCUUAUCGGACUUUAAAAUAUAUGCUAAAAAUAAGUUAAAAAAAUUAAAAUUACGUUUAAAUACACAAACAAAUCACAAAUGAUAAUACACUCAAUCUUUAAAACUUAUCGAUUUACGUAGUACCCAUUAUGGGGUGUUGUGGGGUGUGAAUACACUUCCUCACACGUAACCGUACUCCCAAACCCGGAAAAAUCUAAAAUUCGCAAACCGGUAUUCUGGUUUUAACCCUAAAAUUAAAACCGGAAAAAGGUGUUCGAUCCACCCCAAAGCGCGGUCAAUGGCGACUCCAAACCAAUUCGCGAGCUUUUCCUCGAUUUCGGAGGCGAGGUUGCGACAGUGGCGACUCCACUGGGGACUUAUGAGAGUCAAACUACAUUAAUCAUCGAUAAGAAUUUUCUUACUUUCUUAAAAUGGGUGUUAUGUGUUUAUUACAUCAAUUUGCGCUUUAAAUUUAUGAUGUAUUUCAAUUUUUUGCAUCCAUGCAUAAAGCUCUAUUCACGAGCAGUCCUUAUCCAGCAUAUAGUUUACCUAAAAGCUACUUUCUUAAAUUUAUAGAAAAAAAGGAAUAAAGUAAUGUGACUCCUACAAUAGUAGGGGAAAUACGAAACUUCACAACUAGGUUGAACUCAAAUCCGAGGAUGAUUUGAAGUAUCACGUUAAACUCGAAAGGGUCAUAGUGUGGUACAACUUGGGAGCCUGAUUCCUUAAGGUCCCUAUCCAGCAUAUAGUUUACCUAAAAGCUACCUAAACCGCAACUUAUCCCGGAGCCUACCCAAAAACACGACGUUAUGCUACCGAAAAUUCGCUAGGGUUGCCUAACUAGGUUGCUUUAUUAUUAAUAUAAAUAUAUUACAUAUUUAUUAUCGUUUCUUUCCUAAAUACUAAAUGUUUAUUGCUCAUUUCUUUCCUACUCGUUGUUGGAGAAGUGUGCUAUGACGUGGGUAUGUUUUCUUCCUCAUCAUAAGUAAAAACCAAUUUUCUCAAAGAAAUUUAAAAAUUACAAUGAUCAUAACACGCAUGCAUCACUAUCAUCAUGCAUUCUCAUGUUUAUGUGUCGCGCACAGUUAACUUGAAAUCUAUUACGUAUGAUGUUAGAUGGAUCACAUGGCGAGAAACAUUGCCGAACACAACAUAGCUAUUAUCCCAACUUCAUACCCGGACCGACAUGGGUAGAUCCAAUGAUCGACAAUCUGAGAAGGUUGCUGGUGGAGAUCGCACUAGACAUCAUGUCAAGAACUCUUAAAGGGUAUUCUGAGUCGUUUGUUGAAAGAUAAAAAAGGGAAUUAAUCAGCACCUAUAGAUACUACAAUGCUCUAGUGAAACAUCUCGACUGAUAUCCAGAGCUCAUGUGCCUGAAUUUGUUCUAUAUACCGCUAAAUGAGUAUUAAGAAAUGUCAAAGGAAGUUUAUUGUAUGUUGAGGCACAUGGUGCGUUUGAAUUACAUAGGGUUUAUCCUUCAUAAACCCACACUAAGACAAGUCUUCAAUAUUGGGUUCUCUUUCCAAACAACAUCCAUCUCUUUGUAAGAGGGCUGCUCGAACAAGCCCGAAUCGACGGAUGGCUUGGGCUCGUGAUGGAUUCAUAGACUCGGAACUAUAUGGCCAUUACGCUUCACAUGACCAGAGAAAUUCAGGUCAUCAAAGAGGGGUUUGAACUGGUAGAGACCCAAUGGGCCACACUGGAAGGGAGCUCGAAUGAGAAUCCGACAAUCGAGCCAUCUAGGAUGUCCGAAUACUGGAUGAUUCUGAAAGAAAAACUGUGUGAUCUGAAUCACCUCUUGCCAUAUCAAGUUCCAGCAGCGCUCAUGUCCCCAGAAGGUUAUCACUAUGAUGGAAGAAUCAAGGAGUGUUACUUACCAACACUCGCCAUGACAAACAACCUAAUGGAACAAAAUAAUUAUUAAUUAUGGUCUGAGGCGAGUGGCAGCAGCUCACGCCUAUUUAAUCCAACAAGUUUUUGUUGAGGAGGUGCUUCUCUCUAAUCCAGCGCUCCCACAUCUGUGAGAAGAGAAGAAGUCGUUGGGAGGUCGACCUGUGGAAGAAAGGUCGGCGCUUUUGGAAGAUUUUUGCCCCAAGGCCCCUUCGUAGAAAGAAGCGUGCGGUCUUGAUGCCUUUUCCAUUUAUUAUAGUAAUGGGGAAGAUGCAUGGGAUAGAGUGGCUAGUGACGCCACCUUUGUAUAUAUUAUGUAAAUGACUGAAGUUUGUCCCAGUUGAUUAAAUAAAAAGUGAGCUUUUGUAUCUAACAUCUACAUGAUUGAUUCAAUUUUAGCUGUGCGCGACAAUCAUAACAUUGCAUACAUGCAUCUGCAUUUGUUAAAAAGAUAAUAUUGGUACUAACGGAUAAUCUCAUGAUCAGGUUCUGUCACCAGAUAAAAUUUCUUUUUUGGAACUUCGUUAUUACAAGAUGGCAUAUCCGUUGGUUCAAGGAAAAAAGAGUGUGAUAGAUCAAUCAAUUGAAGAUAAAAAAAGAUGAAGGAGACAGGUUAAUGCAAAGAAUCAAACUUCAACCCAUGGGAUCAGUGGAGAUUAUUAACAACCCAAUUCACAUACUGAAGCAAGCGUGGCAACAAUUCACACAACAAGAAAAAGAGGCAUUUGAACAGAGAUAUGGGCAAAUGGCUGAUCUGCUCGAUGUACCGUUCCUCGCCAACAUGAUCUGGGAAAUCCUAAAUUAUUGGGACCCAUUCUAUAGUUGCUUCUCUAUCAAUGAAUUGAACUUUUCCCUGUUGCUAGAAGAAUAUCAGUCAAUCCUGCAAAUAAAUAUAAGUCAGUCAUACAAGAUAUAUGUGAACCGGCCAGAUCAUAAUACAAAGAAGGCGAUGUCAAAGAUAUUGGGGAUAGACAAAGAACGAGCUCAAGACAUGAUAGAGUCAAGUGGUGGACCAGAAUGAGUUAAUAUGAAUCAACUCAUGCCAUACCU